CCUCUUCCCAGUCAGACCACAACAACACGGACACGCCGCAGCCGCCAUUAUUUUCGACUACCAUCGCCCGCCGAUGCCAUAUCGCCAGUCGCCACUCAGUGUGUUGGAUUUUUUGAAAAAUUUUUGUUCUACUGAGCCGCUGUAUAUCUCUGGACAUUUAAAAUGACAACCGAAUGGAAAUACGAAGUUAACGAUUUGGUUUGGGCUAAGAUGAAGGGCUUCCCGCCGUGGCCAGGACGUGUAAGUGAGCCAACUGUCCAGCUUAAUAAAAAACCGAAAAAGAAUUGCAAAUGUAUUUUCUUCUAUGGAACUAAUAAUUAUGCUUGGAUUGAACUGGGAUGUUUAAAACCUUAUUUUCAAUUUAAAGAUACUUUAAGCUAUAGUUGUAAGACUGUGCAUUUUAAAGAAGCUUGUAAGGCUAUUGAACAAUACAUUACGGAGAAUGAUACUAACGAAGGAGUAAAUAAUGGAUUAUCUGAAGCUGAGUCACGAUUUGAAAAUUUAGUUCAUAAUGAAACUCCUACCUUUCAACCUGAGAAAACUAAAACGUCCAACAUUCGCAACGCAUCAAUGCCAAGCCCUGAAAAAGCCAAGAAGAGACGUUCCAAACCAGUUGAAUCUACCUCUAAUGGGCCUAAGAAGGAUAAACCUAAAAAACCCCGUUUAAACUCAAAAGUGGGACAAUCUAGUAACAACACUGAUAUACUUACAAAUCUUGGAUUAACAAAUAGCCAUACAAGUCCACUUCGGAAGAAUAAUACUUUAUUAGACAGACCUGAAGUUACAACUCCGGAAAUUGCCCAGUUAGAUAUUUCAACUAUAUCUAAAUCAUUAAUGAACAAGAAUAUCUUACCGUCAAAGUUGAGAUUUGGAUUCAUUGGUUUGGGCAAUAUGGGUUCAGGAAUCGUUAAAAACCUAUUGAAUUCUGGACAUAAAGUGAUCGUUUGGAAUCGAACACCAGAUAAGUGUCAAAAGUUUCAAGAUGCUGGAGCCACAGUUGCAUUAACUCCAUCUGAUGUUAUAGGAGGAGCAGAUAUAACAUUUUCAUGUGUUUCUGAUCCACAAGUUGCUAAAGAUAUGGUAUUUGGAAAUUGUGGUGUACUUCCUGAAAUAAAUAGAGAAAAAGGAUUUGUUGAAAUGACUGGUAUUGAUCCUGAAACAUCUCAAGACAUUUGUGAGGCUAUUUUGAGUAGAGGAGGCCGCUAUUUAGAAGCUAUGAUUCAGGGAAGUAAAAAGGAUGCAGAAGAAGGGAAUUUAGUUUGUAUGGCAGCUGGCGAUCAGACUUUGUUCAAUGAUUGUAAAUCAUCAUUUUGUGCAAUUUCUACCAAUUCAUUUUAUCUAGGUGACGUUGGAGCAGCCACUAAAAUGAAUUUGAUUUUACAUUCAGUCAAAGCAGUAGCUCUAGCUGGAUUAGCUGAAGGUAUGGCUCUGGCAGAUAGAGCUAAUAUACCACAAAAAGAUAUGUUAGAAAUUCUAGAAAUGACUUCAUUAAAAUGUCCAUUGUUAAUAGAAAAAGGAAAAGCUAUGAUGGACAAUAAUUUUCAAACAAAUCAAGCUCUAAAACAUAUUCAAAAGGACUUAAAUUUAUCAUUAGUCUGGUCAGAUGUUUUGGAACAACCUUGUCCAGUCAUGGCAAAUGUAAAUGAAGUAUUUAAACAUGCAAAACGUUUGGGUUAUAGUGAUCAUGAUACAAGUGCUGUGUAUAUCCGAACUAAAUUUUGAUUUAUAGAACUUUUUCAUAAUCUUAAUUUUUUCCUUUUUUUUUUUUUUUUUUUUUUUUGAUAUUAAUGACAUUUAGCUGAUGAAUUUUUUCACAUAACAAAUUAUUUUGUUGGAAAUAUAGAUGAAUAAUAACUAUUAUUUUUACUUAAAAAAAGAAGAAAAAAAUUGUAAAUAAUUAGAAUUGUGAAUAUUUGCAUCCAUCCCAUUUCUCUUAUAUUAUAAAUGUAUUUUUAAAGUAAAUGAUAUAAUUGUAUGGAAAAAAUAUAAGUAAAUUGAUAUAUAAUAUAUGUAUAUAUAUUUAUGUAUGUCUUGUUUGUAUUGUAUAAAUACAUAUAAAUAUAUAUGUAAAUGUAUCUAUAUGUAUUUAUAUAUAAAUAUAUAUAUAUUAUAAAAGUAAUAAUCAUUUUACUUGUUUAUUUUUUUUUCUAUUAAUAAUUGUUUAAAUAGAUGAUUGAUGACAUUAUUUUAUGUGGAUAACUAUGUUACACAAAGAUUAAUUUAAAAUCGUAUUUGGGAUAAGUGAAUAUAUAAAAUGUUAACUUCUAGUAAGUUAUGUAAAAUUUAAUUUAAGAAUAUUACAUUGCUAAAUUGAUUAAUUAUUAUAAUUUGUAUACUUGUAAUUUGUACAUAGAUUCAUAGUAAUUUAAUUACUUUAAAUUAGUUAUAAUAAGUUGGUUAAGACUUAUAAAUUAUUUUAUUUAAAAUUUUUUUUGGUUUGGCUAUCAGCAUAGUAACAAUUUAGAAGAAUAUAAAUGGUUUUGCCUUAGGUAUAAUAAUUAGUCUUAUAAUUUAAUGUUAAUUUUUUUUUUUUGACAUUAAGUAGUUUAAAAUAGUUUUAAAUACUUAGGUAUGUGUAAUUCAACAUUUUUACUUGCUUAUUAAUUUUAUAUAUUUUUUUUUUUUUGAAGCUUAAUAUUAAAUUUGAACCAAUAGAUAUCUCAUUUUGUUAUUUUAAAAUAAUAAACUACUAUUUAAUUUCAUA